GUGUGGGGGGGGAGAGAGAUAUGUCACAGCAGCCCAGAGCGCCGGCGGUCCGCAGAGACGAGAGGUCCCCGAAUCAAGUAGAGAAAAAAAAGAAAAAACGCUGACGCACGAUCUGAGAUUAAAAACUCGCAGGUGUCGAGCCGAGGACGGGAGGACGGAAGGACCCCCCCCUCCCCUCCCUCUCUAUCUCCCCCCCCGACGCAAAAGAGAAGACAAGAGCCGCGAGGACUGAAAAAAGAAGAAGAAGAACUAGUCGGGGUGGGACGGGAUAAUCCAGGAAGUGUGGUGGCCGGUCAGGUGGGAGGCGACGAGUUCGAGCAGGUGACACACCGGCGCUCAGUGUGUUUUUCUUAUUUGUUGCAGGAGGUGCUGCAGCCGCUGUGUGAUUUGUUCUUGUCGGCCAGGUGAGAGAGAGAGAGAGAGAGAGUGUCCAGGGUCGGCGGGUACAUUUCUGGAGGCUCGUCUGCUAAUUAUAGCCGAGAACACCGGCUGACAUCCAAAACCCAACCUGCUCUCACGCACGUUACCUGCCUCCUCUGCGCCGCUUCACGGGCACGCGGUGGAUCUGUUGGUUCCUUUAGCCUCUGGCACCCAAUGAUCUCCCUCCCGGUGGGUCUGUUAAUCACCUCCCCCGCCCCCCUCUGGUGGCGCACCCAGUGUUUUAUUCUAAUCCCGUGACUGUUACAGUAGGAUGUGUGUGUGUGUUUGUGUGUGUGUGCGUGUGCGUUGGCUUGAGGUUUCUGAGGGUGUGGGAGAGCUGUCAUGCGAGUGGGCUCGUGGGUGAUUACAGAGGCAGAUAUGUCGGCUGGCUCGCCCCUCUGACAGACCGGCCCGACAGGCCCGACCGGUCUCUGGGUUUUGUUUCUCCCCGUCUUGGGCCGCACUCCGUUUGGUUGAAUCUGCAACCGUGCAUGCAGGUAACGCUAGUUGAUGCCUUCUUGCUCUCUACUCUCAAAGCGUUGGAGCUUCUUCUUUUUGGGGGGCCUCAGAAGGGGGGGGGGCACCGUCGUCCAUGCGGCCUGAGCUGGCGAACCAAGAGGAGACCAGUUUCAGAGAUUGGUUUCCUUGUGUGUGUGCGUGCGCGCCAUGAUGCGUGCGUCUUGUAGCUGAAAUCUCUGGUCUCCACGCGUGAAGCUGCACGGCCGUGUGUUCAGUCUGAAUCUGCCCUGGAGAGGAGCGCUCCACCUCGUUGCCACAACGUUUUGAAAAUAUUUGUGUGUAUGACCUCUGCUGACCUUCAAGCGAAGGACCGAAGAGGAGGGGGACGAGCGAGAGGGAGAAGGAGUCAGGCACCAAUCUUCUCCUGGGUUUAUGGACCUGAGGUGGCAAUGUCUCCAGGAGAGGACGGUCUGAUUGGGAUCCCCUUCCCGGAGCACAGCAAUGAGCUCUUGUCCCACCUAAAUGACCAGAGGCGGACGGGCCUCCUCUGCGACCUCACCCUGACGUCCCGCGGGCAGCACUACCUGACUCACCGCUCCGUCAUGGCCGCCGUCAGCGUCUACUUCCGCGGGCUGUUCGCGGGGGAGGAGGGCGGCUGCGAGGGCGGCGGAGGCUUCAGCGUGUGCCAGCUGGACUGCGUGGCGCCCGCCGCGCUGAAAGCCCUGCUGGAGUUUGCCUACACCGCCACUCUGACCAUCCCCAGCUCCGCGAUGAGAGACGUGCUGCGAGGGGCGCAGCUUCUGGGCAUCAAGUGUGUGGCCGACGCGUGCAAGGACAUCCUGGGGGAGACGGGGGAGACGGCCGAAGAGCAGCGGGGCCACAACGCAGCCACCGAGCGGACGGCGGUGGGGGGAGAGAGGGUGGCCGAGAGGGGCUCCCGAAGGAAGAUGGACAAAAAGAAGAUGAGGAAAGUCUCCUCGCAUCACGUCGACCCCUCGGUUUUCAACCCGCCGCCUGCUUCUCCCGCCUCGCACCCUCCCCCUUCACCCGAGAGCCUGCGCUCCCUGCCGCCCACCCGGCCUCCCAGCCCCGAGCAGGAGGAGCUCCGCGUCACACCCCAUCAGAACGGAGACCCCAGGGGGGUCAGGAAGCCGGGGAAAAGGGCCAAGCUAAACGGGGGGCUCCUCCACUGGCUGCACGAGCGCCCCCGCGGCGCCCCCCGCCCGCCCGCGGCCCCGCCCUCGAUCGACAAGCUGUCGGAGGACGAGGACACGGAGGGUUUCGUGGACGACGGCGCGCUGAUGGAGAGCCCCCCGGUACCCUCUGCGGCCGACGAAGGAGGAGCCGCGGCCUCGGCGGCAGGAGGCGGGAGGAAGAGGAAGUCCCAGACGCCCCAGCAGUGCCCCGUCUGUCAGAAGAUCAUCCACGGAGCGGGAAAACUGCCCCGACACAUGAGGACGCACACCGGGGAGAAGCCCUUCCAGUGCUCUGCCUGUGGAGUUCGUUUCACGCGGAAUGACAAGUUGAAGAUCCACAUGAGGAAACACACAGGCGAGCGUCCUUACCCCUGCCCCCACUGCCCCGCUCGGUUCCUCCACUCGUACGACCUGAAGAACCACCUGUCCCUCCACAGCGGGGCGAGGCCCUUCGAGUGCCCGCUCUGCCACAAGGCCUUCGCCCGAGAGGACCACCUCCAGCGCCACCGCAAGGGACACAGCUGCCUGGAGCUGCGCACGCGCCGCCCCAGGCGGGGGGCCGAGCUCGGGGAGGACGAGCGAGGCGACGAAAGCGGGAGGGAGCAGCCCGACCCUCUGGAGGCCUCGUCCUUACAGGCGCACUCCUCUGCGUUCUUCCCUCACGCGGCGCUGGACGUGGGGAGUGGAUCACGCGUCGGCCCCCGGCUUAUGUUUUCGGGCGACCUGGAGAGGGAGCGAUCCUUCGCCCUGCAGGCCUUGGCCCAGCUCGGGCCUCACAGGCUGGCCGGCUACCCCGAGCUCUUCCUGCGAGAUCUGGAGCUGCGGGGCGGCCGGGAGGAGGACGGAGAAGAUCCAGGCGGAGCCGCGCAGCGUGACCGAUGGGCUGAGGAAGGGGAAGAAGAAAUUGGAGUGGAAGAAGAGGAAUAGAAAAUGUGUGUGUGUGUGUGUGUGUGUGAGCGUGUGUGUGUGUGUGUGUGUGUGUUUUGAGAGUCCACAGUAAAAAAACAUCUCACUCAGGUGGCGGGACCGAGGACCUGCUGCUCCCACAUAGAGCGCUUACAAAAAUAAAUACAGCUAAAUGAUAUUAAAAGGAAAAAAAUGGAAAACGGGUUUUCUUAGAUAUUUUAAAUGUUUGUCUUGUGGCUCUUUGCGUUUUUAUUUGAUUCUGUCCUUUUAGAUUUGUUUUCUCGUUUGUUGUCUCAUUUGAUGUAUUUCAGUUUUGAGCUGUUUGGUUUGAUUUUUUUUCUAGCUGGUUGGGCGUGUGCGGUAACUGGGAUGCUUUUCACUAUGCAAACUAAAAUUUAGACCUGCAUCAUGCAGGGGAUUUUUGAAGAUGUCAGAUUGUAGUUACAACAUAAAUGUAUUGAUUCAGGUGCAAUUCAGAAGUCGUAUAACUUAGAUCCCAACAGUGAGUUUGCGCGCCUGCUGCCCUCUGGUGGUUAUCGGUGGAAACGCAGUGUAGUCAAACUCAUUCUGUGCGUUCAAAGCAAUAAUGUUCGUUGUGUCUUUUCUUCUUAGUGGUAAAUCUCUGCUUUGAUUUGGUGCUUGAACCAAAGAAUUUUAGUUGAACUGUUUUCUUAAGGUUAAGUUCACAGGAGAAAAGAGAGGCGACUGGUAGCCAAUGUUUGGUUUGAAUAGGAGAUUCUUCCCGACGGUUUUGAUAGCCAUGAGAAAGAGUCUGCUUCCAUGUGUGAGUGUUUCUGAGCCUCUGUGUUAAACGCCUGACCAAAAGUGACAAAGUCCGGGUCAAUGAGUUGUUGAUUGUGUUGAGGACAAUUUAUUCUUUUCACCAAAGGCUGUGGAUGUCAGUCUUCCAAUGCGCUCAUUCGGUUUCUUGUUUGAAAAGAAAGAAAAAUAGAAAAAGGGGCAAAAAGGUGAGGGGCUGAAUGAGAUGCCACCCCUCCCUUUUCUGUACUUAUUUAUUUAUUGUUAUUUAUUAUGGUUCUUCUGCUGAAACUCUUUCGUGAGACCAAAUCCAAGGAGGGGAGACAGAUCUUAAUAAAAAAAACUGCAUUGCGCUAAAGGUUCUGACUCCACAUCUCCCCGUAACUUACCGCCUUUUUUAUGGGCCUCUUGUCGUCUUUUGCCGAUUCUUCCUCGAAUGCAUUCUUUGCACAUUAAACGCUGUCAGGUACUGCAAUAAUAAAGGCACAUUCCAUCCGGGGUAAAGAGAAGGGAAUUGAGCAAGGAAAAAGUCUGAGGGUUUAUAACCUUUUGAUGUAACUGGAACACACAUUUUCGGUGCGCUUUUCUUUUGUUAAUUUAACAUGUUUAGUACUGUAUCGCAUGUUAACGUGGCAGUUCUCAUAGAGCGGCCACCGCCGUGUCUAACGGGGCCAUCAUCCUUUUGAGGUAAAUCUAUCUUUGACCAAAAACUCGUUUUAGUUUCGUCGUGCUUUCCCAAGACCAGUACGUGAAGGCCUUUCGCAGGGCGUGAUGCAAUCAUCAACGGCUUUAAACAACGGCAGUUGUCUUUUAAUUCCCCAUUCGUUUGAAACCCAUGCAGUCAGGACGUGCUCGAGCAGUCACGCUGGUCUGGCCUUGUGUGCUUCUUGUUGUGUAUCUUCUUUUUUAUUUUUUAUUUGUAGUUUGAUUGCACGAUGAGAUUUGAGAGCUCCGAGCCAUUUUGUCUGACCUCUGACCUUCCAUAUCUAAUCCAUUAACUCACUCGAUAACGUUUAAGAUUGUGAUAGAGAUUCUUCUUAAAACCUGCAUACAUUGAAUACUCUUCCUCCUGCAUAAUAGUACAGAAUUAUUAGUCAAUAUAAUAUAUAUUGGGAUGAAGUUGCCUUAGACUUUCUUUUUUGUGUGUGCUGCAACUACUCUCAGGAAAUCUUGAGCAAUGCACUAAGUGAUUUAUACAAAAAAUGUAAACGGGAAGCAAGUGUUUGGUGCUGUCGGGUGAUUGGCGCUCUUCAUGCGAGAGUAAGGCCGGUAGUUUAAAUAUCUGAAUUGGAAAUGGUUUAUAUAUUAAUAUAUAGUGUUUGCACAUCCAAGAAAUUUGACUUUGACAAUAAACUAGGUAAAAUAGUAAAAAUUACAUCAAUAAUAUGAAAAUGUUCAAAUAUGAAAAACAAAGUUAUAACUAAGUUGAAAUAUGUCUCAAAGUUUCUGUGAUUCUUGUAUUUGCACAUGAAUGAAAAAUUAGCGAUUUUUUUAGAUCUGAUACGGUUUAACCGUUGAGAACCAAAUGAAUUAACCCUAUCUAGGGAAAUAAUGGGCCUGUCCUUAAACUACUGGUCUUACUGGAACCAGUCCUGCUGGAUUGGCAGUGUGACGCUCGCUCUUCUCGCUCAUGAAGGGCGUUUGUGCUCCUGGUCGGAGCUUUGUGGAUGAAUGAGGGUUAGCGGAUGCCAGCUGUGAAGUUUGUGUUUCUAUGUGAGCGGUUUGUUUUCUUGGCUUUGGUGACGGGGUGCGGGGUCCAGUCUGCGUAGAGACCCCACUUUCAGGGAUACAUAAUUGUCUUUCCGUUUUUAGUGGAACCUUCUCAGAGAUAUGAAUUCAUUUUCACAUCAUUUGUUUUCAGUUAAUGUAAAGAAAAUAAAUAAACAUAUCUAAGCUUGAUA